UCGGCUAGGAAUGUGUCAGAGACCUUCCCCCUGGAGGUGACGAUGGACUGGUGGUCGGAUCUGUACUGGCAUAUGAUUGACUUGUGGUCCGUGUUUUGGCUCUUCUACCCAGUGUUGGGCCUGGUCAACAGGAAAGUUAAUGGUCAAGAGUCUUGCCACCCAGAAAUCCAUCCUCCAGAGUUUUAUCUGAUGUGGACCAUGAUUUGUAUUUCCAGAAUGUUCAGCAUGUCUCUGUGGGGCAGACACUUCAUACUUGGAGCUGUCCUGCUCAGGUGGACCCUACCUCUGCUCAGUUUCUAUAUGCUCUACAUGUCCCACUCUAACCUGGACAAGCACAAAGCCUGGCUGUCCAUCUACCACCCAGCGAUGAUCUCAUGGACACGUUACCUGACCCAGAAUGGCUUAGCAGUGUUUGCCUGGUGGACUCUCUUAAAUUCUUUGGUGGAUCUUGGCAUUGUGAUCAAGUACAAUGGAGGUGUGCCAGACCCACUGGUUAGCACGGUGGUCCUCUCAUUAGUCUCCCUGUGUGCUAUAAUAUGGCUCAUCCUCCAGAGCUUCCUGUUAACAAAGUACCUACGCCACACAUUCGGCGUGUACGCCAUCAUCAUCUUGGGCCUGGGUGCAAUGUUCACCCGGAGCUAUCGCCUCCACGACCUCGGAGUAAACACAGUCUAUUGUGGCUUCCUGAUGCUCCUGAUGACCAUCCUGAGCAUUAUCCAUUUGAUUUCUGCAUGUCUGGGCACGGAUAAGACAAGCAGUCAGGUUGUGGAGCCCCAUAUGACAUUUGUGAAGACGGUUUGUCAACCUGAAAGCAAUCCAAAAAACAAACUCUACAAGUGAUGACGUUAAGACAGCUCUUUGCAAAAUGUGACAAUCAAGUAAUGCAAUCUGAACGUGUGAUGUAGUCAGUGGUGAGUUUUAGUGUGCAUUGUGUAUUGUGCACCAAAAGAGGGCAGCAUAUAUCCACUUCACACUUUACUGUGACAGGAUGAGCAGAGCUCUGGAGAAACAGAAGAUGGCUCAGUGAUUCAAGCUUUAAGAGGGAGAUUCUCUCAACGUAUAGAGCAUAAAAAAUCCACAGCAAACAAAUUUAUUUUUAAAAAGCAGCACUAAACAUAGAGGCACAGACUGUUUUUGAGUUUU